GAAUGUUGGUUCAAGGUCUAUUGAGUUGUGUGUGUAUAUAUAGAGCUGGGAGCAGUUCCCCUAGCACUCUUCACUCCAGCUCUGCUUCAGUGACGCUCAUUGCUCUACUUGCUUCCUCUCCAUCCCAAUCACCGUGAGCAUGUCACGCUCUGUCUACAGUGCCAAUAUUGGUGGGUCUGUCAUUGUCAGCAGCAACCAGAGGAGAUCCUUUGCCAGUACAUCAUCCAGCCUGUUUGGAUCUGGCGCUCCUAGCCGGCGAGCGAUCAGCGUCUAUAAUAUUGGAGCAAACCGGGGAAAGCGAAUCUCCUCAGCUGGAGGCAGCUGGAAUGCUAGCUAUGCGUCGCUUGGAGGAGAUGCAGGUAUACUUUGCAACGAUGAGAAGCAGACAAUGCAGAACCUCAACGCUCGUCUGUCCUCUUACAUGGAGAAGGUGCGCAGCUUGGAGAAGUCCAACAGACAGCUGGAAUUCCAGAUUCAUGAAUUCUACGAGAAGAAGGCCCCUGUGUCAACCAAAGACCUAACCGUCUACGAGGGGAACAUCUCUGACUGCCAUCUUCAGAUCUACGCUAUCUCUCUGCACAAUGCUAAACUGAUGCUGCAGAUCGACAAUGCCAGACUUGCUGCCGAUGACUUCAGAAUCAAGUAUGAAUCAGAGCUGGCCAUCAGAAAGGGUGUGGAGGCUGACAUCCAAGGGCUACGGAAAGUGAUGGAUGAGCUGAGUUUGACCAAGAGGGGCCUGGAAUCACAGGUCACUGCACUGAAAGAAGACUUGGUUUAUCUCCACCGCUCUCACAAAGAGGAGCUGCUGUCUCUGCGUACGGGUAUGGGAGGCUCGGUCACUGUGGAUCUGGACAGUACUCCCGCCACCGACCUGAACAAGAUUUUGUCCAAUUUAAGAAUUGAAUAUGAAACCAUUGCGGAGAAGAAUCGCAAGGAUGUCGAGGCCUGGUACCUGGAGAAGUGCCACACCCUGAACCAAACGAUGACCAAAACCACCGAAAGUGUACAUACUCAGAAACUGGAGAUCACAGAGCGCAGACGAACGCUGCAGAGCCUGGAGAUCGACUUGCAGAGCUUGCUCACCAUGAAAGAUUCUCUGGAAAGGAAUGUCUACGAAGCAGAACACCGCUACAGCGAUCAGCUCCUCCACCUUCAGGAUCACAUCGUCAGGUUGGAAGAUGAGUUGUCACAGAUCAAGGCUGAAAUGGAACGGCAGUCAAGUGAAUACUCACAGCUUCUUGGCGUGAAAACCAGGCUGGAGAUGGAGAUUGCCACAUACCGGCGCCUUUUGGAUGGAGAAGAAAGAACUGAAAUCAUAGUCACGCGUGAGCCCGAAAUCCACACAAUCAAGAAGGUAGUCACGGUCAUCGAGAAAAUAGUUGACGGGAAGGUUGUGUCCUCAGACAUACAAGAAGUUCAGGAAGAACAAAAAUAGAAGAGAUCAAUAGAAAAAAGAGGACUCCAGAUUCCUCCUCGAUGCUAGUUCUCUCCUUAUAAUGAAUGUAAUACUACUAAUAAUAGCUCUCUAUGUGAACCUAAAACCUGUGUGAGGAAAAUUUCCAUCUGGGUCCACAUUUAAUCCAGAUUUCGGUACUAUUUCAGAGUGAGUCAAUUCUUAAAUACAGCUUUGAUUUUGAAGCUCUUCCAAGAAGUUCAAAUACAAAACUGGAUCGAACAAUUGGCUCCGAAAUGCUAUCGUUAAUUGCGGAAAUGUGGGUAACCCGAGGUGGAAUUUCUUCCCGAUUUUGACUAAUGUUUGUGGAUCGAGGUUUACGUUUCUCUGAUCUUUAAUAAAGUGGUUUCGGUGAUGCAUUAAAA